UGGUCCUGUUUUCUUCCAGUCGAUCCUUUUCUCUCUCUUCGUCCAUUCCUUCCUAAACUCGCACCUUACCCUAACCCUAAAAAUAUUCUUUGGAGAUUUUACUCGCAGGAGGUUUUUGAAGAGGGGAGCACAGAGAGAGAGAGAGAGAGUGAGAGUGUGUGCGCGCGCGCCUGAGAGAUGGAGACUCAGUACACUCUCUUCGACAGGCAUCCCAUCAUCAAGUCUAAGACUCCCGCCGUUAAAUGGGUUAAAGAAUGGGUUCCCCAGGAUGUUGUGGCCACUGGUGGGAAGUGCAUGCUUUUCAGAUGGGUAAGAGAGGAUUCCUUAAAGGCCUUGAAGGAUAAGGAAAAAGAACCAUCAGUUCCUGAGCCAGAACCUGAGCCAACAACCGAAGUACUUUUUCUCUGCAGCUACGAAGGCUGUGGGAAAACUUUUAUAGAUGCUGGUGCUUUGAGAAAACAUUCUCACAUCCAUGGAGAAAGACAAUUUGUCUGUCACUAUGAGGGUUGUGGAAAGAAAUUUCUGGAUAGUUCAAAGCUGAAAAGACAUUUUCUCAUCCAUACUGGGGAAAGGGCUUAUGUAUGUCCCAUUGAAGGCUGUGGUAAGGCCUUCUCCCUCGAUUUCAACCUAAAGUCUCACAUGAAAACACAUUCACAUGAGAACUACCAUGUCUGCAAAUACCCAGAUUGUGGGAAGAGAUAUGCUCAUGAAUACAAGCUUAAAAAUCACAUUGCAGCACACCAUGAAAAGAAUGGAUCUGUAGAUCCCAAUGGGACAAAGUAUAAUACUCCACCUGCCGAGAAGCCGACAAAAGCUGCGAAACCUUCUGGGGGUGCUUAUGCUUCUGCAUCGUCUGAUCGUCCGUUUGUUUGUCCUUAUGAAGGGUGUGAAAAGGCCUAUAUCCAUGAAUAUAAACUUAAACUCCAUUUGAAGAGGGAGCAUCCUGGGCAUGGUGAUGAAAAUGUUGCAGAGAAUGCUCAGGCUAAUAACAAUGCUGACAACGAAUUAGAUGAAGCAAGCGAUCAAGAUGCCUAUGGUGGCAAAAGGUCAAAUGGUAGGAUUCAGAAGCAAAGUAAGGCCAAACCAAACUUGAAGUUGCCUCCAACAAAAAUUGCCCGGCGCAAAGCAACGUCAACACCCUCUUCUGUAACCCCUAUGAAGGUGAUUAAGAAACCUUGGCCGGUGAAAGAAGAAAACUACGAGGAAGAAGACAGUGAAGAAACAGAGGAAGAUCGAGACAACGUUGAAGAUGGUUGGAGAUAUGCAGGAAACAACGAGGAUGAUGAUGAAGAAACAGAAUACGAAGACUGAACUUAGGUGGUCUUUUGUGAAACAUUUUUUUUCAUUGUCAUUUUUACCUUUCUAAGUUUCACUAUUUGCUCCUGGCGUGGGUAAUCUAUUGUAUGCCCUGUAUAUUUUUGGAGCAGUAAUAUAAUAUGGUUUUCCUGUUGAUCCCA